AUGGCUCUUCCCACAAUUGGAGAGAAUGAAAUUUGUGAAACAUUCAGUAGAUCACCUGCAGUAUAUGUUGAGAAUCUGGAGAAAAAAUUUGGCAGCCAAAAUCUCUAUGCUCUAUUUAGCGAUUAUGGAAUAAUUACAGAAUGUGCUAUUUAUACCAAUAAGCGUGAUGAUUGUCCAGGCUAUGGUAUCGUACAUUUUAAAGAAGUUGACGAUGCUAAAAGAUGUGUCGAAGCUUUAAAUGAAGAAAAUCACAAGACUGGAAAUGCAAAUGAAAGAUUUUUCACUAAAUUACACAUCGAUAAUUUGCCGAUAAGUACUGAUGAAGAGAAAUUAUACGAGAUGUUCCAACUUUUUGGAGAGGUUGUUAGAUGCAAAAUAGUUAGAGAUAACUAUGGAGUUUCAAGAGGUUUUGGUUGCGUGGAAUACCAAUAUCCAGAAGUAGCAUUGGCAGCUAUAGAGGGAAUGAAUGGGAUGUUAAUGGAAAACAAUCAACGUUUGUACGUAACACGAUUCAAAAGUUUUGUAGAGAGGGAAGAGGAAAAGUUAGAAAGAAUUCAUAAACAUAAACGCACUAUAUGCAUAAGAAAUUUGGAUGUUGAUAUCACAAAAAUCGAAAUGGAAAACGCAUUCGCACAGUUUGGAGAAAUAGUUGAAAGUAGAAUUAAAUUCUAUCGUUAUAGUAGAGUAGCAUUUGGUUUGGUGACCUACAUAACACCAGAUAACGCUCUCAAGGCCGUUAGCAUGAUGAACGGUAAAAUUAUUAAAAGUAACAAAUUGAUUGUUACUUCUUCCAAAUUGAUGGAAGAUGGAUGUGAAUUCACUGAAGAUGAGCCUCUUGUUGGUACCAGUUGUGGUGUAAAUUCAGAUAAUCACAAUUCUUCUAUGAUGCAGAAUCGAAAUCCACGUCUAUCAGAUGAUUGUCCAAGACGAGGAACGUCUCGACGAGUUUCUCAGUCAUUUAGGACACGCCAAACCAUUUGGCCAUCUCUUACUGCUAAAUAUGAAAAAACACAAAAAUAA